AGGUUUGCCGAUUUGCAUUAACAUGAAAGGCAGACAUAUGCGAUAGAUAAUCUACCAAGGGAGUUCAGACUUCAAAAGAUUCAUCAGUUAAAUUAGAGGAAACGGUAAGAUUUAUAGAGCUAUAGGAACUUCUUGGCUGAACAAGGAUGAGGAAUCUUAGGUGAAGGAACACAGUUAUUCUCAAAGGAGACGAGAGAUCACCAUUUGAACUGGUUCCUCAAAAAAAACACACUUGAAUAAAUUUUUGAUGCAGUUGGGUGGAACUCGUCUACCGUUUAUCUUUGAUCAUCAGUUUGUCACCUCAGCUACCCCACUGAGUUUUGAAGUGUAGUGUGGGCAGUGGAUGAUCAAGAGGGAGUGGCAGCGCCAGAGGUAAACAGUCUGGAGAGAUGAACCUUAAGCUGUCUCCAAAGUAAGAACAUAGUAGCAUUUUCCCACCCUUAGGGUGAAGUCUGCCUUUCACCCCUGAGUGGAGGGAUUACUGUAGCCGCUCCUAGCGCUGGAGGUUUGGCAUCUGCACCCCCAUGUGCCAGUGAGUGGGAAAUGUUCCAAUUUGGAAAAUACAAUCUGGACAUUAUAGAGAUGUUAAGUGGGCACCAGGCCCACCAGUUCAAAGGCCUCGGUUUAGAUCGACAGCUACAGCAUCAGCAGCAAGUGCAACUUCACCAGCAUCAACUCCAGCAGCAGCAGCAGCAGGCUGAGACUUCUGGAGCUCUUCUGUCUGGACUUGGCCUGGGCCCCCUGCAGGGGUCAAGAGGUAACGCCUUUUCUGAUUCUGCCUCCAUUUUUGCCAAGAUGAGUGCCCCUCCUCCCCCACCUUUACAACAACAGCCUUCCUCAUCUCAGACCUCUCGUUCAAAGUCAAGCAAGAUGAGCAGCAGCAGCAGCUCAAGUCAUUCUUCAGGCUACCCGCAGUUCCUGCGCUCUUUCCACCCGUCUGAGGCAGCACUAGCACAGGAGCAGUUACACCCAAGUGUAGGCCGCUUUGAGCACUUUACCGGGGGAAGUAGCAAUAGCGGGAGUGCUGGGGGAUUAGGAGGAUUAGUAACAUCAGCACCCCCACCCCCUCCUCUUCAUCCCGGCCUCUCUGUCCCCCAGGCAUCACCUGGCCCCUCUUCUUCCUCUCCCUCUCCAUCAACAUCUGUUGCCACCUCUAACAACCCUUCUAGCAGCAGUGCAGUCAGCUCUUUGGGACACCAGUUGGUUGGAGCCCAGUCUGAUGCACGGAGCCUUCACCAACAAUUUAGUUGCAUGUUAGCUGCUAAUCAAUAUUUUCUUUCUGGUGUGCCUGCUAAUGCUAGUUUAGAACAGUUUUUAGUUCAACAGGGAACUCAUAACCACUUAGGGAUUGGGUUAACUCAGACCAGUGGGGAGCCUAGCACUAGCCUUGCUCCUCCUCCUGCUUUGCACUCCUCGCACUCACAUGGCCACUCCACCCCCCAGCCCCAACAGCCUACACAGCAGCCUACCCAGCAGCAGCAGCUUCCACCUCACUCCCUUUCCCAUCCCCACACUCAUUCUCAUCCUCACCACCCUCUUCACCCAGGCUCCCAGGCUUCAUCACUGGGUGGCUUUGACUUCCAGGGCAUUCCAGUGCUUUCAUCUAAUCAGAUAGCCUCUCUGAUGCAGCAGGAAGCAGGGUUGCCCCUUCCCUUACCACUUCACUUAUCUUUAUCAAAGGAAGACGGUAAAGGGGAAAGCAGUGGAGGCGGAAGUAGUGGUAGUAGUAGCAGUAGAAGGAAAAAAGCCAUGGCUGGCUAUUUGCCUCAAAGAAAAUCUGAUAGUGGUAGUAAUAACAGUAGCAGCCAUGCUCACAGUGUCAAUGGCAGUAAUCCCAGUACUGCUAGUAAUAAUGGAGGGCUAAGUCAUGGCCAGCCCCCAGCUUUGAUUGGCAGUGGGGUUGGUAUGACAAAUAUGAGUGGAGAUCCAUCAUCUCUUCUUGUCUCUUCAUCUUCAUCCUCAUCAGUAGUUUCUUCUUCCUCCUCCUCUGCUCCUUCUUCCACUGCUGCCUCAGUACUGGUUACUAAUGAUUCUCAGCUUUCUAAAUCUGAUAACCAGAACUCAAUGCAACCCAACACUUCUGAGUCUGAUACAGAGCCUAUUUAUAGCUGCGGAGAUUGUGGCAAAAGCUUCCCUCACCUAUCAAGCCUUCGCAGGCAUAUGCGCAUGCAUGAGCCAACCACAGCAGGUACUAGCAAUACUUCCACUACGGGCCCAAACCCCGUUUACAUUAAAACUCAGUCUGACCCAAGCCUUCCCCAUUCGACCCAAGAAACUCCCGAACCCUCGUCAAAUUCUUGUCCUAGCCCAGACAAAAUAUUUCACUGCCCUGACUGUGGUAAAGGCUUUAAGAAAAAGGGGCACCUGCUGCAACAUGGAGUUAUACACUCUUCAGCCCGCCCAUAUGGCUGCUCCACCUGCUCUCGGGCUUUUAAUCGUAGAGAGUCACUGACACGUCAUGAGAAGAUUCAUGAGGAAAAGCCAUUCAGAUGUCCUGCCUGUGGUCGUGCCUUCCGAGAGAGCACCUCUCUUCUCAACCAUGCUGCCUCAGGCACCUGCGGCAAGCCAGGCUACCAUGAUGACCACCGUUCUCAAGGUAAUCCAUCUCCGUGCUACUCUGGUGCCUCCCCCUGUGGAAGUGGGAUGGCCGGCCCAGCUCUGAGAAAGGCUCCCUUGGCCCCAACUCUGCAUCCACACUCACAGAGCCACAACCAGCACCACCAUCCGCAGCAGCAGCCCCACCUGCCUCUUUCUUCUCUACUGGAUGACUCAGAGGAUGAUGUCACUAGCUCUGUCAAUAAUGCAAUCUCUGCAAUAACAGCUGCUAGCAACAGCGGAAAUAGAGGGGAUGAUAGGGGAGACAUAAUAGGAGGUCUGCUUGGUGGUCUUGGAUUAGGACCUCUAGGCUCACCUUCCUCUACAUCGGGCAUAGAUAAGAAUUUCCGAAGUGGUGGGAGCCAAGAGGCUAUGAGCAGCAACCCACAGAAUCCUACUGCAAAACCAAAACGUCCUCGCAAACCAAGAGCUAAAAAAGAUCCUGCCUCUGGUGGACAGCCCCCAAAACGUAGGCAGUACACCCCAAGAAUGGGGCAGAGUGGGCUCCCACGCACUCACCUUUGCAGUGUCUGCGGUAAGGGGUUUGCACGUCGUGAGACUCUACGCAGACAUGACCGCAUCCACACUGGUGAAAAGCCGCAUCAUUGCACCAUAUGUGGAAAAUAUUUCAGAGAGGCGUUUCAUCUCAGCAAGCAUCAGACAGUCCACUCUGGUGCAAAGAAUUACAAAUGCACAAUCUGUGGGAAAGAAUUUGGUUACUCCCAGAGCCUUAGGAGGCACAGCAAACUCCACCAGAAAGGAGAGCUGGAAGAGGUACCCACAACACCAGCUCCAGAGACCCUCAACAGCUUUAACCCAAAUACUCAAUGUAGCGUGGCACAAGACAGGAGCCAGAACCCAGCACCAACCACUUCUUCCUACUACCCAUACUCUCAAGACGUCAAGCCUCAAGACUCCAACCCUCAGCCACAGCCCCCCCCCCCACCUCAAUCGCAGCCUCCACCACAGCCUCGACUUUACACCUGUGCUAUAUGCUGGAAGUCCUACCGUCAUCACUUCCAGCUUACUGCUCAUCACCAGAUGGUUCAUGAAGGCGGGGGGGACAAGUUCUUCUCCUGUGAGGUAUGUGGGAAACAGUUUGCCUACUCUAAUAGCCUCACUCGACACAGGCAGUCUCAGCAUGGGAUUACCCGAGCUGAACAGUCUAACCCCCAAGAAGGCAGCAGUGGAUCUGGAGAAAACAGAAGUGGGAGUGAUGUUAAUCAGUCUGCUUCUGAAAGCGAGGCUGCCACCAACGCUCUGCUUCAGAUGGCUCCAUCCACUGACGGUCAUGGAGGGCAGGGUCUUAGCGUUGUCACUCAUAGUCACCAGCAACCACCCCCGCAACCACCAGCUGGUUACUCCCCCCUCUUCUAUGAUGCUGCAGCAGCCCAGUCCUCCAGUGCUCCAUCUUACUCUCAGCCCCUCCCCCCAAACUCCACAAUCAUGCCCCCACAUCAUCCGCAUUCCCCUGCUGGGGUGAAGGGAGAACACAUUUAUCCGGCCGGAUCCCGUAGCCGUACCCUUCACACUACUGCCCCGUUCCAGCCCCUCACAGAGCUGCCCUCCACCGAACAUCACCAUCUGCAUCACCAUCAUCACCUCUCCCACCAUCAUCCCCAUCAUCAGUUAGAAACCCAGUCCCACCAACACUUUGAAUGCAACAUCCCUCUACCCCACGAUGAAAUGAGACGUCACAAGAAAAAAAAAAAAAAGUCAGACAGCAGAGAAUGGAGGGAUAAUAACUGGGGAGCCCAGGAUAUAGUGAGACAUGAUGGAGUCAAACGGAAGAAAAAGAUGAGCAUUACAAUUAGAGGGCAGCAUAAUAAGAAACAAGGUUCACUUCGUUUGACGAUUAGGCGAGGGGAAGGAUCUGGUGGUGGUGGGUAUAGGCUAAUCAACACUGCAGGAAUGAAGGUACAGAUCCUGUCAUCCCUCCAAGUCCCAGUGAAACGUUUCGGAUGCCCCAUAUGUCCCAAUUCCGUGUUUUCCCGCAAAGCGGGGCUGCUGAUUCACAUGGCAGUUAAACACCCACAAAAGGCCUUGAGCGCCCAGGAUCGGCUGAGGUGCAGAGUGUGUGGGAAGCAGUCUCAGAGGCCUUUGACAGCCUUCAUCCAUCGAGCCUUCCAUCGUGCCAGAGGGACCUUCUCCUGCCGUCACUGCUCCGCACGCUUCUGGAACGCUACACUUCUUCACAGGCACAAAGCGUCCUGCCGCCGCAGGGCUAAAAGACUGCAGAAAGGAGAUGGGAAGAGUCUGAAGCUUUCGAAGAGACCCGAUGAAAGACAGACUCACGACAGUCAACAGGACAUGCCAUUUUUGCAGGAACCUUACAGAUUCUGAUCGUGGGGUCUAAAAGAAUGGCAUAUGAGAGGGAUUUUUGUUCAGUUAUAAAAGAGGAAACGGAGAGAUAAAACAGGGACUGGCAAAGGCAUCUACUGCCCUAAGGAUAAUUUUCCUCUCUUUUUCUGUUGCAUCUACUCUCCUAUUAGACUGAGUGUGUUAACAACUACUGUAGAAAAUUAUAUUAAAUAUCACCAGAGAUUCUUCCAGAUUAUAUUGGAAGGUAUUCAAAGGUGUUUUCAAAGACGUGACUGUUUCCAUAGGAUCAUGAAUUAAAACCCCUUAAGUGCAUUGACACUAUGCUUGGCUGACACUGUGCAGUUAUCUAGACAAGUUAGGUAAAAUGACCUGCUAAUGUAUUUCCCCUUACACAACUUAAGUUCCCUGCUACAACUCUUGCUGUAUGAUAACGUCUCUGCUGUGUAUUUUGUCUUGUUGUUGUUCACUUAGAGGCUCCGAGGAGUUUUUUUUAAUGUAAAGUGCAUUUAUUAGGAGUAGGGAAAUGGGGACAAAUAUCUUUUUUGUUAAUAGUAUGUCAGUGCAUGUUUGUUCUCUGGUCAAGUUUUUUGCUGAGGUUGUGAAAUCACUCCUGCAGUAUGUGAUGGUUUAUUCAGUAUAUCUCCAAAACUUUGUAGUGUAAACUUGAUUUGAGAGUUGCCCCUAUAUUCCUUAGUAACCUAAUCACACAUAAGUGAAAUGUAAGUUCCGGGUAAUUAGCAGUACAGUGAUCCCACUCCUGCCAAAAUGAAGAAGCCUUGCUUACAGUGUUUACUUUACUUUGAGGAUAUCCCUAGCUUUUAUACUGCAGGAUUAAAACAGGUUAAAAUAAACUGACUUUAACAUGUUAUACUCAUGUUAUUUCUACGCUAUUUUUUAGCACUGAUUAUUUCUACAAUACUUCUUCAAAAGACAAGGACCUAUCAUGAUAAACAAAUGAUAUAUUCCAUGUAUUUGUGUGUAACCCAAUGAGUCUUCAUGCCAGUACUCUACUUACCCACCUCAAGGUUUGGGUUUUACUGAUUUGCAAUCAUGUUAUUAAUGUCAAGCCUUGUUUUUUCUUUCUUCAACUGAGUCUGAUGAAAUAAGUUUUUAAGUACAUCGUGUCACUUUAUUCACACAUGAAAUGUUCAUACCCCUGUCAAGUUUUUUGUUUUCUUCCAAAGGAAAAAAAAAAAUCUAGUUUUAGUAUAUUUCUAUCACAUUAUUUACUGAGAAGUCAGUAGUUGAUUAUAUUUCAGCAAUGAAUAAACCUUAAGUGUAAUAAUUUGUUUUCUUUCUUUUCUCAUCAUCAGAAACCUGCAAGCAAUAUCUAGAGCAUAGUACAAGAUAAAGGGUUUAACUUAACAAAAGUUGCAUUUUUAUUUAGAUAUAUGUGAAAUGUUUAUUUUUUAAGCCUUGGAUUGAUUUAGUAAACGUCAGGAUGUAGUUUCUAUAACAAUAAAUUCCAUUAAAGUGUU